AUGACCCGAAUUUUUGGCUCUAGUCAAUCGGGGGGUGCUCGAUGGCGGAUCGUAUUUCAUCGAAUGAGCAAUUGUAGUCAUAACGUUAUCACACUAGACCGAAAAGCAAAACGUUCAAAAGCCGAUCCUGAUGCUAUAAUGAUUGAAUCUGGAGUGAAAGCGUCUAGUAGCAGCACAUCAAACGAAGAUAUGGAUAUGGCUAAUAGUGAACAUGGAAAUGAAGAAGAGAAAGAAUCUACAGCAUAUGAAAUGCUGGUGAAGGACUCUUUACUGCAACAAUGGUCAGAGGAUUACGAUGAGACUCUCGAAGAGUAUCUGACAAUAAUUGGGAAGGCAAAGGAGUUUCCUGAUGCGCAAGCGGUCAAUUUUCGUCAAGAGGUGAUAUGUGAUGCGGUCUUGGCUGCUUUUCAGGGAAACCAAGAGAUGAUCUCAGAAGCAAAGAUUGCUAUGAAGACUACCUCAGCCCUUACUAUUACGUCGUUGAAUUUUCUCAAGCAUCAGCAGGAACGACUGAAAAUUGAAAAUGAGAGGGGUUUGGAUUAUUUUCUUCACACCGUGUGCAUGGAAGUCUUGAAGGAGUACUACAAGAGAACAAAGGAGCAAGCCCGAUUGCUAACUGUAUUAUCUGAAUCCAAUAAUCGUAUGGUUCCUGUCAACUAUCUCAUCAGCAAAACAGAGCUCUCUCAUUCCUACGAUGUUCACAAGUUUGUUCUUCAAGCUGAGCGCGUCGCGAAAUGGUUCGAUGCAUCAAACGAUUCUGUUAA